AUGGAAACGGAGACGGAACCAGAUUAUGUGGUUCGCACUGCGGGCAGCUCUGAUAUUGAUCAAAUUGAGGCGCUCUUUCAGUCCGAUUCAUCUAGUUACUUUGGGGAGAAGUUGGAUGCUCCCGUUUCCCAGUUAUUUCAAGAGUAUCAAACCCAUCGUCUGGUUGUCUAUCUAAUCGACGAUCCAACGCAUUUUCUAGCUUACUGCGAAUUCUGUAUAUAUCCCAAUAUAGCUGUGCUCUCCAACGAUUUGUGGAUACAGUGGAUAAAGUGUCGCUUUUGCGUGGACUUGCCCAUCUCCCUGAUGAAUACAAUUUUUCUGAAUUUCUACAUUCAUACAGCUAUGUAUGAUAAGAUCCUGAAACUUGUCUUGUUGGAAGUGUUUUAUCGCGAGCAUAAAGUGGGAUUUGUUAUCAUUACCAGACCACCAAACUAUUCGGCCAAGGAGUACGAGUUGCUUGAGAAAUAUGGUCGGGUUUACUAUCCCAAUGAUUUCGAUAUGUAUACUCGUAAAAACUUGCCCACAAUUAUUAUAAUAAGUCGCGCAAACAUAAUGCCAAUGGUCACAUUUAGAAAGGCCUUACCCGAGGAUAACGACGAUGUGAUUGAAAUGAUUGAUGUCGAGGAGCCUCAUAUGAGGGAAGAACAUGGUGAUUAUUAUAUUGCCGAGCUGCUUCUGGGCACGUCUGGCAAAAUGGAUAAGGAUAAAAUUAUUGUCACUGAGGAUAGCAUUCAAAGCAGCGGCAGCACUGGCAUGAUGUGGCUUUCCGAGGACAUUGACAUUGAGCAAUUGAUCAAGAACUAUGAUUUGGAGAAUGUGGGCAAUCUGGUUUCCUGUACACCCGAUGCACCACAUAGCUCAGUCAAGGUGGAAGUCUAUUUCGCCGAGCAUUUUGGUUUGCGUCCUGUGGACACAAAACUAAUUAAUUUCGACAAGCAUCGUAGUGUUGUAUUGAAACCUGUAGAGAAAUACCAUUUAACGGAGCAGGAGCGCGUAUACACUACAUUCAGAUACAUAAGCGAUAGACUAAAGUCGGCCAGCACGUAUUUGACGCGAGUUUCGAAAAUCUUGGAGAUAACUUAUGAUGCGAGUCAUCGAAGAAGUUCGACGAGGGUCAAAAAACACGGUCUGGCAGCGGCAGGUCGAGCUUUUGUACUAAAGAACUUCAUACUGCAUCCCAGUCUGAGAAUGGAGUAUACCUUCUACUAUCUAUGCGCCAUGUUUAGUGCGUAUCCAGAGUGUGAUUACUGUGUGGUGCCCAUACGACCUGGUACCAAUUUCUCACUCAGUUUGUGGGCCUUGCUGAAGUACUUUACACGUGUGCCACAUCGACCGGAUUGUGUAAUGUCUGAUGAGAUUUUUGUGGUCCAUCGCAGUUCGAUAAACACGGAGCUGAGCGUUUAUCCGCUGGAGAAGGAUGAUAUGCCGGAUAUAAUUAGCAUGUUUCCAAAUUAUGUGGCACAUCAAUCAAGCACUGAGACCAUAGUUACCCAGCAUAUACAUUUAGCACCACACACAACACUCGAUGACAAUCAUGCUGUCCAGUUACUGCACCAUAUUGCUAUGGAUGUCCUGGAAAAUCUGAAGCCGGAGUUUAGCAUGUGGAUUAUACGUUGCGGAAAUUUGGGAAGAGAAAACAGCACAACAGUUGGAUUUGUGGUGCUUCGUUCUUUCUCUAACUAUGAGAGCAUUUACAAGCAGUUCUGGUUGCCCUACGAUGAGAACUAUUUGACCUUUGAUCGUGGCGAGAUCGUAAUGCUUCGACUGCACCCUUAUUUUCACAUCUGGAGCGAUGAGAUCCUGCGCACUGUGUCCCUAAGGACAGGCUUUAGGGAACUCUUCUAUUUUCGACCGAUUUCGGGCCUUGUAAUGCCCAAUGAUUUGGCCUUUAAGAUGAUGCCUGUGGAGCCGCGUCGCAUGAAGAGAAAUUGGUUUAUCGAUACCAAUAAUGAGAAGUGCUUCAGGAGAGCAUCGAGAGUGGUGCCAUUGCCAAGGAUUAACUGCGUCAGGGAUAAUUUCUAUCUAUUCCGUCACAAUCUCUGUCCAUCCAAAUACAUUGGCAAUCAGAAUCCAUUGGUUAUCGUGGGAUAUUCGGAAAUAUGCAAGGCUCUACUGCGUCUCAUGGUUUUCAGCUGGAAUACGCCAGAUUUUAAGAAUGUAAAUACUUCGAAUUGUUUGACUUAUUUGGACAUUACGGUUAUUUGCAAGUAUGGCGAGAUCGAGGCGGAAUAUGAUUAUGAUCUUCAUUGUGCCUAUUGUGAGGAUCGUAGUGAUUGCUAUCUGAACAAUGGCAACUCCUGUCCAUUUGUUAUGGAUGCCACGCAGCGUCUAGAUUUACGCAACUGGAUACACUUUGUGCCCGGAAAAGUCGAGCAUAUCGAUUGCAAUGAAAAGGUUGUCAGUCUGGACAACAACUGUAAGAUUCAUUAUGAAAAAUUGCUGCUGCUGUGUGAUACCAAAUAUGGUCCACCUGCCGAUGUACAGGCCAAGAUUCCCAAGGGAAAAACCUCCGAUAUGCCCUACAAUUAUGCCCAUAUCAAUAGCCGUCUGGAUAAGAUUAUUAUUUAUUACAAGAUUAUUGAGUUAAACAACAGCAAGCUGGCUAACAAACGAAUUGUCAUCUAUGGUUAUACUUUGGCGAUUUACGAGUGCAUCGACUUUCUGUUGAAACACGGCUGCCAGCCUGAGGAUAUUACUUAUGUACAGCCUCUGAAGGUCGAAAAACCAGAGUAUUUAAAUAUUCCCAAUACUGACAAGAAUCUGGAUAAUAUUCUGAUUGAAAUGGUUGCGGAUUUGGGCAUUACCAUUUAUGAAUCGACCAAUUUUAGAGACUUUACUUUCUACAAAAAUGUUUCGUUUAUUAAAACGGCUAAUUUCCAAAAAUUUCCACAGAACGAAUUGUUGUCCUUGGAGUGUGAUUUAUUUAUCAACUUUCUGGAGAAUCAUUUAACCGCACCAACUGAGCAGAUGCUCAUAAAAAGUCGAAUUAGAGUGCAGGACAGACAGAUCCUAGUGGAUGAAAACUUUUGCACAAAUGAUCCAAAUAUUUAUGCAGCUGGCAAGAAUGUAGCCAUCAUCUGGCAGGUAUUCUAUCAAUAUACACAUACCAGUGAGCUAGAGAUGGCUGAGAGGUUGGUAGACAUACUGCAGUUGAAUCAGGAAUCGCAUGGCAAAAAGGAUUUUCGAUUUAGCAAACCUGUUAUAUUCCGUGCUCUGUUGCCCAUGGGCCACAAGAUCGUUAAGAUAACGACGCCCAAGCGUUAUCUAUUGGGAAAACUGGACAACACGUAUAGUCAUGUGAUGAGCACAUAUUAUAAAGGUGACUUUUGUCGCAUUCGCAUGAGCACGAAUAAAAUUGUGGAGGAGAUAACUUGUGUGACACAGAAUUUAAAUAAACCGCUUGUCUUUCUGGAAUACUUUUGCGGCAAACACGACACGCUGCUCAAUAAUCUAAAAAGUCGCCAUCAAUUGGGAUUGAUUAAGAACUUUAUCAGCUUCUUUGAGGAACCCUGGACGGAAUACAUAAUGCACGAUCGUUUCGGUGAUUUGCAAGAGAAGAAUCGACACACACUCACUACGUUGAUGAGACAGAAGCACAGUGUGAUCAAGUCAUUGGAUAUUGACGAUGCGGAGUUUGAUGUGGCAUGCAAACAUUUUGUGGAAGGCAAUCUACUUAAAUUUCUGCGAUCGCAUCGUCAUGAGUUUAUCAAUAAGUUUGCACUGCCGGAAGAUUGGGAGAGACAGGAUUAAGUUAAGUAACAUCUUUUGUACAUUUGUAUCGAAUACUUUGUUACACUUGUAAUAUGCCGCUUGAAAGCAUUAAAAAUAAACUUUGCGCCGUAAAGUAGGCA